AUGACUAUGCGCAUUGGUCCUGCUUUGGCCGAACGUAAACGUCACGUUGAUCUCGGUAAGGAUGGUUAUAUACAAAUUCCAAUACGUGUUGAUGAUGUGCAACGUUGGUGGAGUGGCAACGAUUUUUUGGGGCUAUACGUGGAAGCAUUUUAUAAGACUGAAAAUUUAGCGCUUCAUCCGCAGCAUGAUUCUAAACACAUGAUGUAUUUGGAAUUAACAACUAUAGAGGAUUGGGGUCGACGUAAGCGUAGCUAUCAAGAAGUUUGUACAAAAGAAAUGAACGAGCCAUCAUGUUGCUUGUACAGUUUGGUGGUAGAUUUCGAAGCUGCUGGUUGGGAUUUUGUAAUUGCUCCAAAACUCUACGAUGCACACAUGUGUAGUGGAGAAUGUCGCCUUCAUCCUGGCCGUUCAGCUCAUAGCAAGAUCACUUCGUCGACAAAGAAGAAUGCAAUAAGCGGUUGUUGUCAUCCAACAGAGUAUGACCCGAUAACACUGGUAUAUAUGACCCAGGAAAAAGAGCUAAAGAUUCGCGAAGUUCCUGGAAUGAUCGCUCGGCGUUGUGCCUGUGCUUGA